AUGAAUUUAGAUGAUGGUAGCUCUCUGGUGACGAAAAUCUUUCGACAGUUUCCAUCGCAACACUCGGAUUUCAUUCACGAUAUGAGCUUUGACUUUUACGGCAAGCGACUUGCUACGUGUAGUUCGGACCGCAAGAUUAAAAUAUGGAAAGAGCUUGGGCAGGAAUGGCGUCUUGAGUAUGAAUGGAAUGCACAUCAGGCUAGUGUUUGGAAAGUAGAAUGGGCACAUCCAGAGUUUGGUCAGAUCUUGGCCUCGUGUUCCUUUGACCGUACGGUCUCGAUUUGGGAAGACCAGGGAAUGUAUUUGAAUAGUGGCAAUGUCUCCGUUUUGAGUGGAGAUGUGACGACCAUUAAUGGAGGAGUAAUGGCUUGUAUCAGUUCAGGAACAAAGGAUGGAUGGCGCAAUCAAGCGCAGCUGGUGGAUGCGAGAGACUCGGUCCACGACGUUAAAUUCGCCCCUAGACACCUGGGGCUGCGUCUCGCAACAGCGUCGGAAGACGGCUUUGUACGCAUGUACGAAGCAAUUGAUGUGAUGAACUUGUCGCACUGGCCGCUGCAGGAGGAAUUUUUAGCAGAUAAGGACGGGGCUACGUGUGUAUCGUGGAACAAGUCACGAUUCGAUGUGCCGAUGAUCGUUGCGGGUGGCAACAGUGAGGUGGCUAAGGUCUGGGGGUACAACAACUCGUACCGCAGGUGGCAGGUUGUCGCGGAGCUAGUGGGUCACACGGAUGCGAUCCAUGAUGUGUGCUGGGCACCAAAUAUGGGUCGCUCGUCACAUCUCUUGGCGACGGCCAGUAAGGAUCGCACGGUGCGCAUUUGGCGACUUACGAUUCAGGAAGAUGACCACCUGCAAGCAGAUGUGGAGGAAGUAGCGCGUAAGCAUCACCAUGACUCGGAAGUCUGGCGAGUGGAAUGGAACGUUACCGGUACAAUGCUGGCGUCCUCGGGUGAUGACGGUACUAUUCGUAUGUGGAAAAGCGACUUUGAGGGCAAAUGGGCUUGUGUUAACACUAUUUGCGGAGACUUAGGUUCUGCCGUAGCGCCACCGCCGAUGGACUUACGAACUAGUUAA